UGAAGAGUCAUAAAUUCUGGUAACAACUAAGUUUUACUAUAGUUUUUGUGACUUUAUUUAAAUAAAGCCAGUAAAUAAAAUGACAGGAGAAAAGGAAGAAGAUUUACCAAUCAUGGAUGAAGAUAGCAUGGAUGAACCUGAUAAGGAAGCAAUGAGUGGUGACGAUGUAAAUAACGAAGAAAGGGUAACAGAAGAAAUGAAUGGGAAGAACACAGAAGAUGAGGAUGAAGAAGAAGAAAGAGUAACAAAAGAAAAUUCUGAUGAGGACUCAGACUCAGAAGAUUCUGAAUCAGAAGGCAGUGACUCGUUAGAUGAAGAAGAAGCUGAAUUAAGAAGAACACGAUAUGUUGGUGAUAUGACAGACCUUGAAAAACAGUUUUCUGAUCUCAAAGAACAGCUUUACAAAGAGAGGAUUGCACAGAUAGAAGAACAACUAGGAGAAGUUAACCACAGUGAAGCAAGAGAAUACACAGGACCAUUAAAGCAAUUAGAAGAGGAGUGUAAAAACAGGUUGGAAGUUGCUGGUCAUUUGAAGCAUUAUAGGAGUAUUAACUUGGAAAAUAAACUACAAUGCGAAUUACAAGCAGCUGAACAACAUUUCCAGAAUGAGGAACAUAAUUUAAUAGCAAUGCUGACAGCAGAUUUUGAAGAGAAAUUAAAGAAGGUCGAAGAGGAAAGACACACAGCAGAAAUGUAUUCAGACCUAUGGUGUGAUGAUUUGUUUCGAAGUCGAAAAAAGAGGAAAAGCAUGGAAAUGUUUGUUCCUGAGAAGAGAAAGAAACCAGCUAAUGUUGUAGGACCAUACAUUAUUUACAUGUUAAAUGAAAUGGAUGUUCUAGAGGACUGGGCUGCAAUUAGAAAGGCAAAAACUGAUCUUGCCCGAAGAAAAGCGAAAGAGCUUUCCGUGCAAGAGAAAGACCCACUAAUUACCGCUUGUUAUAAAGAUGGGAAAUUCCUCUACCAAGGCGAAUGGUUUGAAAAAGGGGAGAAAGUCACGCUUGACAACAGAAUCGACGCACCUGUCAGUGCAACGAUUACAGCAAUCAAUACUGGGGAGGUGUGGGUGAGUAAACGAGACGGCGUCAAGUGUAAACUUUAUAUAGCGCAGUUUCAAAAAGGUAAAUACACCAUUCAAAAGUGUAUGGAAACUCUCGCGUAGAUACGACGUGACUUGGAUACGAUUUGUCGGAAUUUAUUUCACGUUGAGAAGAAAAGCCAAAUAAACAACACAGGAAGCAACGGGUGCUUGUUUGCUUGUCAGCAGAUGUGAUGGCCCACUCGAUGAGAAAGCACUUCUAAUGAUGUUGUCAACGUCCUGUAUUCGUGGUUGUUUUGCGAAAUAUUUAUUCAGCAGAAUACGUGCUAGACUGAUACUUCUGUAAAUGUGAUUUAUAUAACUUAUUCUAGGUUUGUUUUACAAACUCACCACUGUAAUUAAAGUCAAUACAAUAUAAUAUUUGUCUAAAAGGAAAAA